AAGUUCUUACUACUCUCUCUAUAGCCUCUGCGGCGUCUCUCUCUCUCUCUUUGUCCUUCCACCGUUCUUCUUCUAGGUUUCACCUUUCUUCCUUCCUUCCUUCCUUCCUCCAUUUUCAUUCACGUAUUUCUAGACCAAUGGCUAAAGAUGGAGACGAAAAUGAGACGGUGGAAAUCGCUGUGUCGCCAUCUGAAGAUAGGGAGACGGCUCUGCGUAAGCUCCGUGGACGAUGGGAGUUGGCUUCCGUUCUCAAUUUUUUUCAGGUGUUUGAACCGCAGAUUGAUAUGGAAACAACGUUUUCUGCUGAAGAAAUCGAGUCGGCUCUUAUUGAACCCAACGAUUUACUUGCUAAGAUUCACAAAACACUUUUGAAGGGAAUACCACCUGUGAAUAAGACAAUGAAUCAGGGUGAUGCCUGGAUAACAGUAUUGUGUAAGAAAUUAGCCGAGUGGUGGCCGUGGGUUGCUGAAGGUGAUCUCCCCCUAACUGUAAAUAAGGGGGAGGAAGUUUCAAGUUAUAAGAAGCUUGAUCCUACGAUCAGGUUACAAAUUCUGAAAGCCCUUUGCGAGAUUCGAGCUGAUCAACAUGAUACAGUCCAUUUUAUAAAUGAUGCACUAAAAGAUGGGACUGAAAUUUCUUAUUUCCGCAAAGAUAAAAUAGGAGAGGAAAAUGGAACUACAUACUGGUAUGAUGGAAAUGAACACAUUGGAUUCAGAUUAUACAAGGAAGUAAUGAACUCUGAGUCUAAUCGAACGACCAAGGGGAACAGUGCUGUACCACCAGUUGGGAUUUGGGAAACACUUGCAACUGACCUGGAGGAAUUCCGUAAAGCUGUGAAUGAUUCAUCUGAUAGUCGAAGCAAGGUGGAGAUGGCUGUUUUUGGGACAAUUGAAGCUGAAGUUGUUCCUGUCCUUGAGAAACUUGAAAAGAAGAAAGAAAGGUUAGCCAAAUCGCAGCAGAAACUGCAAGGAAUGCUUCUCAAAGGGUUUCAUAAUCCUAGGAGCACUCGCUCCACUCGUGUCAGUAGGCCUGUCAGCUAUACAUUUGAUGAUUAUGACAAGGCCAUAAACGAGGCUAUUCAAGUUACCAAGUAAGUUUUAUUGAUUUUUACUGUUCUAGUCUCUUUGACAUUUUUUCCCUUCCCCUAACAGAAACUGGAACUACUACAUCAUAUAUGUUUUUUUAUGCUUGAUUUCGUUGCACAGUGAAAGGGAGGCUUACACUCGAAAUCAGAAGGUGAAAAAAGUAACAAACAACGCAUCAAAUGCAGCAUCAGAUUUGGAAAACUCAGGCUCUGAUAUUGACAAUGCAAAAGAGAAUUG